AUGGCUACUGUCACCAUCAACUUGCCAUCCAAGUACGCGCCCAAUCAUGCUGAGAAGACCAGCCCUGAAGGCCCAACGCCAACCCCAUCGCUAGAGUGGCUCACACGCACCUGGUGUGUAACCCAUUCCACCCUCUCCAUGUGGCGAUCAGCCCGCAAUGUGAGGAUCACGUACAAGCCUCUCGCUCCAAAGCCAGACGGGACACCGCGCAUCGACGACCUGGUCGAGUAUGAGCCCAUCAAGAAGCAGGGCGUGCGCAAGAGCGUCGAGGGCGUGGAUACACGCGCCGCUGAUGGAGGCUGGGAUUGGAAGGGCAAAGGCUGGCUGUUCUUUGUGGGGAGUCACUGGGAGAUCUUGGCCUGGGGCGAGGAGGCCGAUGGGGAGAGGUGGGCUGUGACGUGGUUUGCGCCCACGGUAUUCACAAAGGAAGGAAUCGACGUGUACUGUGAUCGAAAGGAGGGCAUCAGCGGGGCCACAUACACCAGGAUACUGGAAGCCCUGAAGGCAGUCGAGGCAAAGGAGCUGGUGCAGAUGGUCGAGAGCGACAUGAGGGCCGUGGAUAUCCAAUUGCCUUGGACUGAGGCGUGA